ACCUAAUUCAAUCAACAGUAAAGCACAGAAAACUACAGCAAGCAGAAGGUAUUGACUGCGGUAGUCUGUCGUGUUGUCCCAGACGUUAGAGGGGGAACAGUUCAGAAGUGUACCUUACCAGCCGUCAAGCGUCAUUCGGAAACACUGCAAACAUGGGUGACAGCACCUGCAAUAACGGCCUUCAGCACCAGGGGUCGGCAAAGACGGAUGCUCAGCUGUUUGACGAGCAGUUUGAAGAGAUGGUGACAGAGCUGACCCAAAAAGACUUUACCGACCCAGUCCUUGCCGAUGCCCUCAACAGGCUGAAAGAUGUGUUGCAGUAUAAUGCCCCAGGGGGAAAGAGGAACCGGGGGCUGUCUGUCAUUAGCUCACUACGGGAGUUUGUCCCACCCUCUGAGCUGUCACAUGACACUGUUCAGCGUGCCAUCCUGGUUGGCUGGUGCAUUGAGCUGCUUCAGGCGUUCUUACUGGUAGCUGAUGACAUCAUGGAUGCCUCUCUGACUCGAAGGGGGCAGCCCUGCUGGUACAAAAAGGAGGGAGUGGGUUUGGAUGCCAUCAAUGACGCCUUCCUCCUGGAGGGAGUGGUCUACAGGAUCCUACGGAGACACUGCAGGGGGCAGGCCUACUACACACACCUGCUGGAGCUGUUCACAGAGAGCACUUUCCAGACAGAACUGGGUCAGGCCUUGGACCUGAUGACUGCCCCGCCCAAUCAGAUCGAUCUGAACCGCUUCACCAUGGAGAGGUAUAAAGCAAUAGUGAAGUACAAGACUGCUUUUUACUCAUUCUACCUGCCCGUGGCUUCAGCUAUGUACAUGGCGGGAAUAGACAGUGAGGAGGAACACAACAAUGCCAAACAUAUCUUGCUCGAGAUGGGGGAGUUCUUUCAGAUACAGGAUGAUUACCUGGAUUGCUUCGGUGAUCCUGCAGUAACAGGGAAGAUUGGCACAGACAUCCAGGACAACAAGUGCAGCUGGCUGGUGGUGACAGCGCUGGGGGUCAUGACCCCUGAGCAGAGGGAGGAACUCCAGUCCUGUUACGGGCGUCAUGACGACGGAAGUGUGCAGCGUGUCAAGGCUCUUUACGACACUCUGGGGAUGCCCGCUCUUUACCGGCAGCACGAGGAGGAGAGCUACCAGCGUCUGCUCAAGCUCAUCCAGUGUCACUCCCAAAACCUUCCCCACGCAGUCUUCUUGAACUUUGCCAAGAAGAUCUACAAGAGGAACAAGUAGAGGUGGCGGAUGGAUUAGGAAUCGAGGCUUAGGACUUUUCAGAUGCACUUAGUUGUACAGAGAGCAGGAGAUGUUGGUGUCAAACACAAAGCUGAGGGGGGAAGCUUAAGGGUGUGAAACAAAAUAGUGUAACCCAGGGAUGGGGGGGUAUGGCUAUAUCAAUAAUUAUGUAGAGAGAGGGAAGAGGGGCAACUGACUGUUAACUGUUAUCAUUUAUCAAUGUUAUAGCCUCAGGAUCACUUGACAUGAAGUAAGAUAAUCCAUUGCAAGUCACUGCAGGACAGAUUAACUGUUCACAGCUACAACCUGUGUAAUGGGAAUAAUAAAACAAGUGUGAAAGGGGAGGUAGUGUUAGUAUGUGACACCUGAGCAUGCAUCUCUGGUCCGUAAUUGAGUGGGGUCGACUGCCAUGUUCAACUUUAUUGAAUGCUGCUGCUGCUGUAAUAGCUUUUCCAGUUGUGUGAAUUUGAUGGACUGCUUCUUUCUACCAGCAUCCCUCCUUUUCUGUUAUCUGUAACUUCCAUGUACUUGUACAUUUAACUGGAGAAUAACUGCUGUUAAUAAAGGACUAUUUUCUGUUUAUUACAAAGAGGCAUUUGUAUGUAUAACAAAAGAUUUAGUGUUCUUAUUUGGGAUUUUGUGUUACUGUUACCUCAGCUUCAACCAGUCUGGCUCUUCUCCUCUGAUGUUUCUCAUUAACAACGCGGUUCUAGCCGCAGAACUGCUGCUCACUGGAUGUCUUUUCACACCAUUCUCUGCAAACUCUAGAGACUGUUGUGUGUGAAAAUCCCAGGAGAUCGGCAGUUUCUGAGAUACUCAAAGCACCCUGUCUGGCACCAACAAUCAUUCCAUGGACAAAGUCACUGAAAUCACAUUUCUUCCCCAUUCUGACAUUUUGUCUGAAAAACAGCUGAACCACUUGACAACAUCUGCAUGCCUUUAUGCAUUUAGGUGCUGCCACAUGAUUGGCUGAUUAAAUAUUAGCAUUAACAAGUUGGUGUACUGGUCUACCUAAUAAAGUGAUCACUGAG